AUGCGAACGUUCGACCAGAUAUGGGGGAAAUCAAUCCAGUCCAAGUUCAACCCGGCCAGCCAGAUACGAAGUGAAGGUAAAGAAUGUCGGUGUCGGGGGACGGGAGGGGAGUGGCGUGGUGUUGAGGGAGCGGUGGUAGAGAUGACGACCAAGGGUUUCCGCUGGGGACCAAGGUUUAUUAGAGUGUGGAUCUCGUCUGAGCCGUGCGAGCCUGGGGAUAGAGCGGCAGGCAAUGAUGAAACUGAAGAGCGUGCUAGGUACGGGCGUGGCUGUAACCGGUGCCCCGUUACCGAAUGCGCAAGAUGGCAGGCAAAAGAGAACGUGAAGCAGCCGCCAGUCCUGAAUGGGAGCGGGAGAAUAUCGAGGGGUGAUACGGAGUCGCGGCUAUGCGAUGUACGCCAGAUGUAUGAGGAGCGUCUCAAACCUGAAGCGACAGGCACAGAACCAUACCUGGGUUUUUAG